AUGGACAGCUUGUGUCUCUUGUAUGGCUUGAACGGCUUUCAUGAAUUCAGCCAGUUGCUCAGACUGGGUGGAGGUGCUAAAGGGGUCAGACAUAUCCUGUUCAACUUGAAUAUGGGAACCAUUGCACCUGAUUUUGAGGCUAGAUGCUCAGAAGUUUAUUCUUCUUUCGGUCUUAUUGAGUCAGCUAAAGUUUCCAAAAACCACCCUCGUGUGUUGUCAAUCCUUUCUUUGCUUCUGGAGAGAUCUGUUCAUAAGAACGAAAAGUUACUGGAGACUACGCAAAAGAAAGAUUCGGUGACAAUGUUGAUCACAUCUUCAAGUACUCAAGCUGCAGCUUCCUGCUUUGUUGUUGCUUACAAUGUUCAUUUCACUUCCCUUAAUGUUUUCCUCGUAAAUACAAGUUUGAUGGUAGUAGCAAAAUUUAUUGAUGAUGUGUAA